AUGGUGACCAAGUCGACACACGAUACUCUAUCUCCCUCUUUGAUUGGGGCUGUGAUUAGGAGAAGGCAGUGGAAGGCGGUCUUCUCUUCUUCUCCAGUCCAGACGACGCAUAGGCAUAACCAGCAACUCCUCAACUUAGCUCUCGAACUCUCCAGUCCAGACACACAAACAUUUGAUUUCGGUUUUAAUACUGGAGGUGAGAAAUCGACAGUGAAGCCACAAGCCCCAAUCAAACUCGAAGCCUUCAUCCUCUUUCUCUCAGACCAUCGAGAAAGAGCAAAGCAUUACUAUGAACAACAGAAGAAAAUUGUUGAUGAACUGCGGGCAUCUGAGCAGAAUGGGGAAGGGGAUGGUGUCUUCUGCUGGUUCUGCGCCUCUUCUACUGUUUCUGCUUGGGCUUCUGGUUCUCUUGUGUUUCCUCUGUUUCCAUUGGAUGCCAUUCAAGGCAAAGCUGCUACAUCAUCAGGAACAACACCAUUAGGAGAGGAGGGGUUAUCUUUCUUAGGCGAUCCUCUCUGUCUCUCUUCCUACCUUUGGACUUUGUUGUUCACUUUUCCUGAUGCAUUCAAGUCAGAUGAUGCUCCUUCAGCUGGAUAUUAUUGGGUUGCUCCCCUUCCUCUUCUGCCUUUUAUCUCUUGGUUUAUCUCAGCUGAGGUUUUCCUUGUUGGGUUGGAUUUGCCCCUCCCAGCUAGGGGUCAGCUGGGGGCUCUCUUCUGGCAUGCUCCUGGGGAUGUUUCUACUCUAGACCCUCAGCUGGUUUUCAGUCGUUUCUCGUCUUUUGGGUUGCUGAUGGGUCCUCCUCCCUCCAUGAAGAUUUCGUCUCCCCUUUCUUCUUGUCUUGUAGGAUUACAGCCAUUGGCUUGGGUGUGGAAACAUGUUGUUGAGCUAUACAACAUUUGUCACAGUAAAAUGGAGGAAAUUGUUCCAAAGGGCAUCAUGCUUGGGGUUCUAGGAUGCAAUGGUUUUCUUUGCUGCUGGGGUGGUUUGAAAGCUACCUAUUUCUGA